AUGACAUCUCUGCCAUCAUCUUCCCAAGAUCUCGUUGUCUUGACUCCAUCGUCGCCAUCAGAGUUUGCUAGUGCCAUUACCGGUCGAUGCUACAAUGCCAAACGUCCUGCACACGACUGUUACCCAGAUGUCAUUUUCCAAGCCAAAUCCGUAGCGGCCGUGCAAACAGCUGUCGAUAAAUCCGUCCAUGUGGGGCCGGGUGCCACGGGCAGUGCUAUUGUCCAAGCUUUGGCUCCUCACGACUUGUUCUUUCCUGGUGGCCAUUGCGAUGGAGUGGCCAUUGGUGGAUUUCUCUUGGGUGGUGGCUAUGGAAUUGGGUUUCCCAAAUACGGCAUGGGAUCCACGUGGGUAUCGCAGGCCCGUGUCGUUUUGCCCGAUGGAAGUGUCGUCACGGCAUCCUCCUCCCAUGAGCAAAAUGAUCCCCAACAAGCCGCCAUUUUGCAUCUCAUUCGAGGUGCCUACACCGCGUUUCCAGGUGUGAUUACCAGUUAUACACUGGGACCCUCGCUGCCUACAAAACCCAAAGGAGUCAUGAGUGGCACUCUGUUUUACAAACUCACCGACUGGCCCAAGGCAUUCGACUUGGCCAAAACAAUCCACAAGGAUGGCAAUGAUGCGAUUGAAAUCACGGGUGUCAUGACCUAUGCACCUCCAGCUGUCCAAGAUGCUACUGGAGAGUCCAUGGUCACCCUGUUGGGACUCAUGAUUUGGGGUGAUACACCAGAGGAAAGUUGGGAGUUGUGGAAACGAUACAGUAGCACUGCAGAAGGAUUGCUGGUCCCACCGGACGAAAUGCCGACACAACUAGAGGCGGAAAACGUACCUGCAUUCUUCAAAGACUUGUAUCCCUCCAGCACGCGAUAUCAAACGCAAGUCUUUAUGGGUGACAAGGCCUUUGAAACUCUGCAAGGAACAGAGGAAAUGGAAUCUCUGAUGCAACCAUUGGUUCACGGCAACCAGGAAUUGGCGUUGGGGUACACUCCCGACAUGGGGAUUCAAACCUACGCCAUGUACACGGAUGCUGGCCAAGACGACACAAUCAAGGAUCAACUCGACAAGGCACAUGCCAAGUUUGUGGAAUGCGAUAAGUUUCACACAUCCUUGGUAGAAGGAGAAACAAAGCGGCAUGGCUAUGAAAGUGGUUUUGCUUGCCAUGAGGCCUUUGCCAAGACACAACAGUACAUACAAUUGCUCGACCCUGAUGGAGUGUUUGCUGGAUGCCCCAAGUAG